AUGGUGAUAGCUGCAAUAGUAGUUAUAUCUGCAACGAUUGUGGUGUCUACUAGGUGUGGUGUCUGCAACAGUGGUUGUGUCUGCAACGGAGGUAGUAACUGCAACAGUGGUUAUAUCUGCUACAGUUGUGUCUGCAACGGUGGUGGUGUCUGCAACGGCCGUGGUAUCUGCAAUGGUGGUAGUAUCUGCAACGUUUGUGGUGUCUGCAAUAGUUAUGGUGUCUGCAACGAUUGUGGUAUCUGCAAUGGUGGUUGUGUCUGCAACGGUGGCAGUAUCUGCAACGUCUGUGGUGUCUGCAAUAGUUAUGGUCUCUGCAACAGUUGUGGUACCUGCAAUGGUGGUGGUAUCUGCAACGGUGGUGGUUUCAGCAAUGGUGGUGGUGUCUGCAACGGCUGUGGUGUCUGCAUUGACUGUGGUGUCUGCAACGGUUGUGGUUUCAGCAAUGUGGUAUCUGCAACGGUGGUGGUUUCAGCAAUGGUGGUGGUAGUUAUUGGAGCUGGAGUAGUUAUUGGAGCUGGAAUAUUGUUGGAGCUGGAGUAG